AUGUGGUUCCUCUACCUCCCCGUCGCCCUCCUCCUCGCCUACUUCCUCUACAACCGCUACCUCCACCCCCUCUCCAAAGUCCCCGGCCCCCUCCUCGCAAGCCUCACACCCCUCUGGAUCACCUGGCAAGGCUACAACGCCCGCCGUCCCCGCCUCGACAUCGACCUCCACAAGCAAUACGGCUCCGUCGUGCGCAUCAGCCCGGAUGAAAUCAUCUUCUCCAACCCAGCCUACUUCAAGACCGUCUAUGGCGCCGGGACGAGGUUCCAAAAGGGCAGGUUCUACGAAGCGCCCACCGACAUGUCCCAGCCGGAGGACUGGGAGAAACUGGACAUGCUGCCCGAGAUGAACAUCGCGAAGCUGCGCACGCAGAAACGCUACGCGGCGCCGGUGUACGCGGUGGCGAAUGCGAAGAAGCACGAACAUUACGUGGAUAACAAUAUCCGGCGGAUGGUGACGCGGUUGAGUAGUGUCGGUGGGGAGGGGAAAGUGGUGGAUGUGUAUUAUGAGUGGGAGAUUAUGAAUGUGGAUGUUAUGACGGAGAUGACGUUUGGGAAGGAGUAUGGGGCGGUCGAGAAGGGCAGCGAUGAUGGGCAUAUGCAUGGCAUGGAUAAGAUGUGGGAGUGGUGGGGAUGGAUGGGGUAUCUGCCUUGGCUGAAUGAGUUUGAUAAGAGGUUUAUGCCGAGGAAGGUGAUUUUUAGUGGGAGUAGUAUCAAUUUGCCUGUGUUUCCAUACUGCGUCGGCAAGAUCAUUGCGCAUGGCCAGGCGACGGCUGAGGGCAAGGACACGAAGCCUUGCAUCUUGGACGACUUCCGCCGCCUCUCCAAAACCCAGCCAGCCUUCAUCGAGAACUGGGGCACCCGCCUCGCAUUGACAGAUCUCGGCGCCGGCGUCGACACCAUGUCCUGGACGCUCGCCGCCGCAGUCGUCGGCAUCAGCAGCAACCCACCCGUCCUAGCCCGUCUGCGCUCCGAACUCGACGCCGCAGUCGCCGGCGGACACAUCAGCAAAGACACGCCCGUCCCCUACGACGCAGCAGCCAAACUCCCCUACCUCCAAGCCUGCCUGCACGAAGCCCUCCGCCUCUGGCCCAACGUCGCCAUCUCCCUCCCACGCACGGCCCCCUCCGAAGGCAUCGAAAUCGACGGCCACUACAUCCCCUCGGGCUACACCGUCGGCAUGAACUCCAAACAACUCGGCCUCAACACUACCAUCUUCGGCCCGGACACCGAGUCCUUCAAACCCGAACGCUGGCUCGAAGCCGACAAAGCGCGCCGCAACGACAUGGAGACGCGAAAUCUGAGUUUCGGCGGCCCGAGUCGCAAGUGUAUUGGCAUGCACACGGUGUGGGUGAGUAUGAGCAAGGUGCUGGCGAGCUUUUAUUUGAAUUUUGAUUUGAGGGUGUUGAAUGAGUUGGAUGGGAAGCCCGGGCCUGGGGGUGGGGUUUGGUGUGAGAGGGGGAGCUUUCCGACGAAGUGGCAUGGGUUGGAGGUGGAGAUUGUGAGGAGGUAG